AUGCCUCUGUUCGGCCAAAGCCCAGGCCCUGAGCACCAACACGCCCCUCCUCUCAACACCGGGCCUUAUCAGGAAGCAAUUUGGGUUGGUGGGGAGGGGGAAGUCCGAGGCCUCCGGCUCGGCAAGGUGGGAAGGAGAGAUAGGGAAGUGGGGAGGGGCUGGGGCCUGCUGUCCUUGCUGGCCUGGCCCCUCGACAUGGAUCCAUGCUGCUCCUGCCUCCCCUGCUUGCCAGGCAAGACGCCCGCAUCUUUAAUUAGCGAGCAGCAGCCUCCCGAUUCAUCACAGUCACUGUUUAAUUAG